CCGUGCCUCUUCUUCUUCCUCUGCGUACUACCUGCUUUCUUAUAACGCCAACCAACCAACCAACCGCGUCGGUUCCGUCGCCCUAGUACUCAGGGCGCAAACAAGGAGAGUACUAUGGGGUUAGUUAUGGCAACCACCUCCUCCUCCUCUCCCCUCAGCAGGAGGAAAGCGGGCGUCUGUCGUGUUUCGCUGAGGCUCGGCAUGGCAGUCCUGUUGCUCUGCAUUUCGGCAAACAGCUGUGCGGCUUCGUCUCUACCGCUGCCAGACAAGAGCAACGGCGUGAAGGAGGGUCGGGGCAAGCUUUACUGCUUCCGCGGCUUCACGAGGUGCGUGAGCGGCAUCGAGCAGUGCAUCAAGCCGGAGCAGGAGUGCAACGGUAUCAAGGACUGCGCGGAUGGGUCGGACGAGGGCCACCGCUGCAAGUCCUUCGAUUGUGCAGCUACGGGCCGGUACACGUGUCCCAGUGGACGGAUGCGUAUGAACGUAACCACAAGCUUCGGUGACUUGCGGUACACUCACUACACGGAGUACCUGUGCGACCGCGUGAAGGACUGCGCGGAUGGGUCCGACGAAGACCCCAGCUUCUGCGCUUCGUAUGAUUGCAACACCGACGUGCCGCACAAGCCACUGCGGCAGCUGGUACCUGCUCCUCCGCCGCCACCGCACAGGCGGAGGUGUCCCAGCGGAAAGGGCGGGUGUGUGAACAGAGGCAAGGCUGUGCGAUGGAGUUGUCGAUUGCGUUGGCGACGGCGGAAGCGAUGAGGGCGACAAGUACUGCAAGAAGCGCGGAUGCUCCCCUUCUAUUCUCUCCGGCUUGUUUCAAUGCGGAAGCGGCAGAUGCAUCA